AUGUUUCUUGAAGCUACGCAAGAUAUGAAUAUCGAUUGGGCAAAUAAAUGCAUUGCUAUUUGCAGCGACGGAGCAAAAGCGAUGACUGUGCAAGAGACAUUGGAGAAAACUGGGCAGAGGUGGAUCUUAAAUCCGUUUUUAAAUGCAGCUACAAAUGAGGUUAAUUUGUCAACUAAGCUCAAAGAGAAUAUGCUAGAAUUAUCUACCGAUGGGAUGUUACACUUGGAAUUCAAGUCUGUUAAUUUGGAUACCUUUUGGUUAAAGAGAAAAACAGAAUACCCGGAAUUGACAACUGAGGCUUUGAAGUGUUUGAUUCCAUUUGUCACCUCGUACUUAUGCGAGUUGACAUUUUCAUCAAUGGCCCAAAUAAAAAAGAGUGAAGACGAAUUUGACUCUGAUUUGGAAGAAAAUGAAGAGGAAUUUAUUUUAGGAAAUGUAAAUGAAUUAGAAAUCCAGGAUCUUCCUACUGAGUUUGAUGAUAGAUUUUUAUUGGAAAGUGAACAACGAGAAAUCAAUGAUGAAGAUGCAAACAAUAAUGAAGCUGAUCUUAGCAAAGAAAAAUUUGAAGAUACAGUUGAGACUAAUAAUAUUGAUGCUGAAACUAAUUAUGCGAAAGAGAUAGAGAAAAAUAAUAAAAAAAAACUUUCCAACGUUAGGUGGAAAAAAGGAAAUUUAUUUUUGAAUGACGAUGCUAAAGCUUUCAAAGGCAGUGAAGCACUUGAAUGGGAAGUUUGGGAAAAUACCGAGAGAGUAACACUUAGUAGAAUGGAAUCAACACUACAGUUAUCCAAUGAGAGACAAAAAAGAAAGUUUAACAGAAUCCAAACAAAAUACUCCGAGACUCUGAAGACACAUAUGAAACAAACUGUAAUCAAUCUCUCAAAUCGGCCACUCAUGGAUAACGAAACAAGCUUGUUGAGGAAAUUUCAGCAUAAUCUUACAGAUAAUACUUACAGAAGAAAUACUAACACAGAAGCCGGAAUUAAAAAACUACCAUCUGAUGUUAAGGAAGAGGUACGCAGUGAAUCUAAAAGAAUUCUACAAAAAGCCAAACCACCAAAAAGCAGUAUUUCAAGAGGUAAGAAGGCAGCUAUAAGAAGUCGCAAUGAGAAUGAAAACAUCAUAAUUCUACCCACCAACAAAGGAAAUACAACAGUUGUCAUGAGCACAUCGGACUACAGCAGCAAGCUGAAUGCUCUGGUCUAUCAAGACACAUACAGGAAAUUGACGAUAGAUCCAACACAGAAGAUUUUUAGAAAAACCACCAAGUUAAUAAAAGAAUAA